CUUCCUCCCAAGGCAAAUCUUCAUCGUCUCCAACCCAGAUUUCCCCCGUCAACUCACGUAUCUAGGGCACCAAGCUACCCUUUUCCUCCCCAUCUCCCCCCCCUCUUCAAGCUCUCUUCCCAACCCACCCACGUUUCAAGGAAACUUCAAUACUACAGGCAGCCUUAAGCUCCCCUGAGUCCUUGUCUCAACACACCGGUCAAGACCUCCGCGCGCAACCACCCCGUUCAAUUCUCUUCAAGCUCGACCCGUUGUGUCCUCAGCCAUCAAGAUGUCUACUGCCGUCGAAAACACCGCCGACGCCGUCGCCGCCAACCCCGCCACCACCGCCCCCGAGGCUACCAACGGCACUGCUCCCGCCCCUGCGCAGUCCACCGAUGCUGCCGCGGCCAGUGCUGAUGAGGGACGUCGGUUGUACAUUGGGAACCUCGCGUACGCGACCACUGAGGGGGAGCUCAAGGAGUUCUUCACGAACUACACCAUCGAGAGCGUCUCCAUCCCCGUGAACCCCCGCACCAACCGCCCCGUUGGCUACGCCUUCGUGGACCUCGCUACUGCCCAGGAGGCUACCGGUGCUAUCGAGGAGCUGUCCGGAAAGGAAAUCCUCCAGCGUAAGGUCUCCGUCCAGCUCGCUCGCAAGCCCGAGCCGGCCGAGGCUAAGGCCGAGGGAACUGCAAGUGGCGGUGAGGGUGCUAGCGGCAACGAGGGCCGCAAGAGAGCCGGUGGUCGUGGCCGUGGCCGCGGUCGCGCUCGUGGUCGUGGAGGCCGCCUUCCCCGCGGAGGUCGCUCUCAGGCCCCGGCUCAGAACGGCCAGGAGACCGCUGAGCCCACCGAGGUUUCCGGGGAGGCUGCUCCUCUGGCUGAGGUUACCGACCAGAACGAGACCGUUGCUACCAGCGAGUCCGGCAAGCAGGCCGGCAAGCCCCGUGCCCCCCGCCCCCAGAAGCAGCGCGGUCCCCCCGAGGACGGUAUCCCCUCCAAGACCAAGGUCAUGGUGGCCAACCUGCCCUACGAUCUCAGCGAGGACAAGCUCAAGGAGAUCUUCGUCGACUACGAGCCCAUUUCCGCCAAGAUUGCCCUGCGCCCCAUCCCCCGCUUCAUGAUCAAGAAGCUCCAGGCCCGUAAUGAGCGCCGCAAGGGCCGCGGUUUUGGAUUCGUCACCCUCGGCUCCGAGGAGCUCCAGGAGAAGGCGGUCAACGAGAUGAACGGCAAGGAGAUCGAGGGCCGCGAGAUCGCCGUUAAGGUGGCCAUCGACAGCCCCGGCAAGGAGGACGACAUCGUCGUGGCGGCCGAGAAGACCGAGGAGGAGGCGACCGAGGUGCCGGCGCAGGAGAACGCCGCCCCGGCCGCGGCCUAAACGACAAGCACGUUCCCCACUUGAACGCAUGAAUGCCCCGUGGAAACUCGGGGACUUACCGGAAGGAGGAGGCGAAGUCGGGACCCGUCACAUGGAUGGUUUUUUUCAUAGUGGGCGUCGUCGGGAGGCCAUUGUUUCCGUUUUGGGGGAGAACGGUGCAACAGCAGCAAGGAAAAGUUGCAGCGCGUCACAGCCUUUACUAUUCUUCCUGUUUGAUAUGGUCCUAGGGCGGGGGGGGUUGCUUUUUUCCUAUGUCUUGUCUGCGGAUUCCCGACAGGGCUCCGUGCGGGGAGAUGAAAAUGCCGUAAUGUGUUGUUUGACGGAACCUCACCUUUGCUCACGAAUCUUGCCAUUCUGCCACACUGUAUCUUAGCCUCUAUUUAUUUAGCUUAUGAGUAGCCGCAAGGCUGGCCUUGUA